AUGUGGGCGAACAAGAUAUCUCCUCGGAUGGGCGAGCGUUGCGAGUGUGGUGUGAUUCCAGAGGCAGAUGUCUAUCGAAGUAUUUCAGUGAAGACGGAGCGUGGAAUUCGAUCAAAGCGUGAGCCUGUUGCCGGCCUCGUUGAUCGGCUACAAUCGCCAAGGAACGAUGUCACAAUGAAGAAUAGGCUCGUCCAGUUCUAA